GCUCCUGGUAGGGGGCUGGGCAGGGGGCUCAUUGUGCGGGGAGAGCUGCCCAUUAACAGAGAGGCAGCAUCGGCUGGGCCUGGCAGCUGGAGACACAGCAAGGUACCAACAAGGUGGUCUCAGUAUAAGGUGACAGCCGAGACGGUACGAACGAUACUUGGUGACCUGAUGCAGCAGAUUCUCGAUUGUGUACCUGAUCGACACAUUUGGCCAUGACUGUAGGAAUUUGACAAUAUGCCAAGACCUACAUGGAUGUGAAAAGGGGGCUCUGGACAAGAUGUUCUCUCUGUUUAGGGGACAGGAAGGCUAAAAUAACUCCCACCGCCUGCUGCUGUUACGCUUUAGAUCUUGAGGUCAGUUCUUGAUUCCGUCAUUGCCAAAUGGACCCUGUAGUCAAGUUGUCUUCUGAUUAGUACAAAUCUCUACUUGCUGCCCCGGGGUGGAUGCCCAUGCUGUGGAGAGGUGGGACUCAUUGCCUGGGUCCCUUGUUAAGGACCCUUUCUGGUGGGCAUCAGGAUGAGGUGCAGCUUCAGAGUGUGGAUCUUCAGUACCUUAGUUUUCCUUUUCAUCAUGUCCCUUCUCUUCACAUACUCUCAUAAUGGCACGACUUCUCCAGCCUAUUCGGAGUUGAAUGACUGGGAGUCUGCUGAGGGUCACCCAGUCCGUCUUGUGCCAGGAUACCCCGGUGUCAAGCACAGACCACCGCCUCCUCGUCUGCCAAAAACCUGCUUAUGCCGUCACUGUCUGCGCCAGCCAGGGUUCUCUGCAUGGUUUGAUAGUCACUAUGAUCCCACCAUUGCUCCUGUUUGGACCCUUGAAAACCAGGAAUUGUCUCCAGAUGUCCAGCGCUGGUGGAUGAUGCUGCAGCCUCAGUUCCGCUCUCAUAACACCUUGGAGAUCUUAUCGCAGCUCUUUCAGAUCAUCCCGGGUCACAAUCCAUACAUCCAGCAGGACCCCCUGAGCUGCCGCCGCUGUGCUGUGGUGGGGAACUCUGGCAAUCUGAAGGGCUCCGGCUAUGGGAAGGAGAUUGACAGCCACAAUUUCAUCAUGAGGAUUAACCAGGCUCCCACGUUGGGCUUUGAGGCUGACGUUGGUGCGAAAACCACUCAUCAUUUUAUGUAUCCAGAAAGUGCCAAAAACCUGCCGUCCAAUGUCAGCUUUGUGCUUGUCCCAUUCAAAGCCCUGGAUCUUCUGUGGAUCACAAGUGCCCUAUCAACGGGACAAAUCCGCUUCACGUACGCCCCUGUGAAAGCAUUCCUGCGAGUUGAUAAGGAUAAGGUGCAAAUCUAUAACCCAGCUUUCUUUAAAUAUAUCCACGACCGUUGGACUGAACAUCAUGGACGUUACCCAUCCACUGGCAUGCUAGUUCUAUUCUUUGCGCUGCACGUCUGUGACGAGGUGAAUGUUUAUGGCUUUGGCGCAGACAGCCGAGGGAAUUGGCACCACUACUGGGAAAAUAACCGCUAUGCUGGGGAAUUUCGCAAGACUGGCGUUCACGAUGCAGACUUUGAGGCACAAAUCAUUGAUACACUGGUACAAGAAGCCAAGAUUAAGGUUUUUCGCAGUACAUGAGGGACCUUUAUCUCUCUCUGAUCCUCUUAAUCGGAAUCCGUUAGCCAAUCAAACUGUGCUGUUUGGCAAGGUGUCUGUCUUCGGCAUUGCAAGUUCUCACUACAUAUUUUAUUCCCCAAUAUGUGUUAUUUGCCAAAAUGGAUCUGAAAAUGAUGCAUAGUUAAUGUAAUCGUGAAUACAUGGUAUAAAGACUCCUCCACCAUUCACGAUCAAAAAACACAUCAUAAUCCUGAACCGAUGUCCUUCUACACUACGAAUGGUGACCCUCGCAUUUUACACAGAUGUAUGCACCAAGGGCGGAGGGCUGCUACGUCUCAGCCAAUCAGGUUUAAAGCUGUGUUCUCUGCUGCUCAAUCAGCAAUCACAUUCAUGUUAUGAAAUGAUGUCAUCAAUGUAGAGCUUUCUUACUUCUUCUUAGAACAAAUUGAUGAAACUUGCACUGGAAAUCGAGCUGAAUCACCGGUAGGACGCCCCUGGCAGUGAAUAGGCCGCAUUCUUGGUUCUCCAAAUCAGAAGGAAUGUAGGGCACGCUUCUGACAAUCUGUUGGAAAUGUCUGUACUUGUACAAUCCCAAUUCUAUAACCUUGUACCUCUGUCAGCUAAUCACAAUCAAGAGCUGGUAGGGCUACAAUCUGAUUGGUUAGCUCUACUAACCCCUCCUAUGGCGUUCUUCUUGUGAUCUCCCUUCAUAUCAUGUCCUAACACCCACACACACACAAAGAGGGAAUCAUGGCUGGGGGUGAAUAGAAUGUAUUUGGUAGCCGGCUGUGUGUAUUUGGGCAGGCCUCCACUUGCCAAGUGCUGUACAAAGACUAGAAUUGAAAGUGUUUGCGUCCUGGUGAGUGCCGCCAUGUUGCUUCUAUUUAAAGCGUGGUAUUUGCUAAUGUAGCUUAGUUAUAGACUCCGCACCCUGGGACAGUAUCUAGCACCUAUUGGAGUCCAGUGGUAUUUAUCUCUCAGACAGUGUUAGAAAGACUUUCCCAGUUGUGGUACGGCUGUAGAUAGACCUGGGUUAGGUUUCCCGAUGUGGAUAAGGACUGCAUGAUGUGAAUGCACAUAUCAGCCAGCUGUAUAAAUACAUAUCCCAUCGCUCUGCGUUCACUAUGUGGUCAGCUUAUUCUACCAGAUUUGGUUAAAUCCGCAGAGUAAAAUAACCAUUUUAUGAUAUAUUCCUCUCCAAACUCGGGCUGCAGUAUCCACUAUAUUUGGGUAAAAGCUCUGCUUUGUACGUUGUUUUCUAGUUUAUCCAAGUAUAGAUACACUGAACAAAGCUGAGCCAUAUGGUUUAAACCCUCCGAACCAGAGAUUGGCACAUAUUUACAUCAUGAGAUGUCUGAUAUGUGAUUCGUCCCUAAAGAGGAGCGAUCAUGAAAACGUAACCAGGAUGAACUAAUAUAUUGCCAUGUCUCUUUGGUGUAAAAGAUAUUGGGGGGGGGGGGGGGGGGGUUGGUUAAUUGACACCCUCCACCAUCUCCCCAGUGUGAGCUGCUGUGUUCCCGGAGUAUUCUACAGACAGCAGUUACAUUGUAAUGUCCGUAUCCCUUUAGUGUAAAAGAUAUUGAGGGGGUUUGGUUAAUUGCCC